AUGGGCACUCUCUCUAAUAUUCAUGAGCUGCCGCGGGCCAAUGAGCGGCCAGGCGCGGCUGGAGGGGCCGAGAAGGCUGGGCAUGGAGAAGUCCAAGAGGAACCUGCUCACGUUGACGCGAAGGCACCUCUGCCCAGCCCUGCGCUCCCGCGGCUGCCCCCAGGCUGCUCUCUCCGGCCUCGGAGCAAAGAAAGAGGCAGAAUAAGGGGAAGCUGCCGCCGGGGCUUGUCACCUGCUGGCCCAGGCUGUGCGGGGCAGGGCCGGCGGGUUGCCUCCAUGGGGAGGGCUGGCUGUGACUUGCCUCGCCUGUGCGUGCGGUGGGCAGCGCUGCUGCUAGCGCUCUGGCCCUGCUGCGCCCACGGGAACUGGAUGUGGCUGGGCAUCGCCUCCUUCGGGGUCCCGGAGAAGCUGGGCUGCGCCGGGCUGCCGCUGAGCGGCCGCCAGAAGGAGCUGUGCAAGAGGAAGCCCCACCUGCUGCCCAGCAUCCGCGAGGGCGCGCGGCUGGGCAUCCAGGAGUGCCGGAGCCAGUUCAGGCACGAGCGCUGGGACUGCCCCCUCCUGCCCCCCGACUCCGCCGCCGCCUUCUCUGUCUUCGGCGCCGAGCUGAGCAGCGGCACCAAGGAAACAGCCUUUAUAUAUGCAGUGACGGCGGCAGGCCUUGUACAUUCAGUGACUCGAUCAUGCAGUGCAGGAAAUAUGACUGAGUGCUCCUGUGAUACAAACCUGCAAAAUGGUGGCUCAGCCACUGAAGGCUGGCACUGGGGUGGCUGCUCUGAUGACAUCCAUUAUGGAAUGUGGUUUAGCAGAAAGUUCUUAGAUGGGCCUAUUAAGAACAUAACUGGAAAAGACGGGAACGGACUGAUCUCAAUGAACCUGCACAAUAACGAGGCUGGAAGGCAGGCUGUAGCAAAGCUGUUGUCAGUGGAUUGCCGUUGUCAUGGAGUUUCUGGGUCCUGCGCCGUGAAAACUUGUUGGAAAACUAUGUCUUCAUUUGAAAAGAUUGGCGAGUAUUUAAAGGAUAAAUAUGAGAACAGCAUACAGGUAUCAGACAGACUGAAGAAAAAGCUACGCAGGAAAGAAAAAACCCAGCGGAAAAUACCAAUCCGCAAGGAAGAUCUUCUCUACAUAAACAAGUCACCCAACUACUGUGUAGAGGAUCGCAAACUUGGGAUUCCUGGAACACAGGGAAGGGAAUGCAACCGCACUUCAGAGGGACCAGAUGGUUGCAACCUCCUCUGCUGUGGCCGUGGUUACAACACUCACGUGGUCAGACACGUGGAGAGGUGUGAAUGCAAGUUUGUCUGGUGCUGUUAUGUGCGCUGCAGAAGAUGUGAGAGCAUGACUGAUGUUCAUACCUGCAAAUGAGAUACUCUGCCUCCGAAAACGAAGCAACUCCUUCCUGCUGAACAGGACUCAUUCCUCCUGUGGUGGAAUAACAAGAGGAUCAGUCUCAGUAACAGAGCUCACUGAAUGUAUUGUAUUCCAAACAGUUUGGUUUCUUACUGAAAGAGCAACUCAAGAUAAAUAGUAGCCUGCACAAAAUGAUAAAGUAACAGCAAAAAAGGCCAUGCCUUCUGAGAAGUCCAGGUGAAUAAGUGACAUAUUUGAAUAUGUAACUCCACAGCUAGUUAGGGGUAUUAAACUUUGCAUCAGCAACAGCCAUAACAUGAUGAUCAAGAAUUGCCUUAAUGUUGUCAAUAAAUAUAAUGGAAACAAGUCAAGAAGAGGUAUUGGCUUUUAAUGGCCACAGGCUGAAAGGAUACUGGACAUGUGAGAGGUGUCAUGGAGUCCUCACUCCCAUCUGUUUAAUAAUGGGGACCAUUCAGGAACUAGAAUUACCCAUGUAUGCCUUCUUCCUGCAUGCUGCUGAAAGGAAUGAGGAUGCAAAGCUCUCCUGUUGAACAUGCAGUGCUUAUUAGCCACUGUGCAGAGGGGCAGUCAUGUAGUGUAAAUGUGGUGGUGCUCAGUAAUGUGAGCUGAGUACCUGGGAGAGUGGGGCUAAUGGGUAUAUUUUGGGUGGAGAUGGGGCAUGGCCAGGCCAUCGGUGCUGGAGUUCGUUCUAGUGAAUGCAAAUAGUGUGCACAGUAGUUGCCAUUUUUAGUAUUUUCACAAGCCUAGUACUCAAAUGUGCUUAGAACAACUGAAAGGAGGGCAGCAGUGUAGGAC